GCCUGCGGCUGUUCCGCGUCCCGGGCCGCCGGUCACGUGCUGCGGGGCGGGCGGGGUAUAUAGCCCGGUCCCCCGCGCCCGCACUUUGAACGCCGCGCGGGACUUGCUGGACUUUGUGCUCUGCGCUACUGUGGGUUGAUUUCUUUUGCCAAGAAGAAAAAUGGCAUCUGUUGCAGUUGCUCCACAACUGAGUGUGGUGACUCGGGUAGUCAACCUGCCCUUGGUGAGCUCCACGUAUGACCUCGUCUCCUCGGCUUAUAGCAGUACAAAGGAUCAGUAUCCGUGCCUGAAGUCUGUGUGCGAGAUGGCAGAGAAGGGUGUGAAGACCAUCACCUCCGUGGCUGUGAUGAGUGCUCUGCCCAUCAUCCAGAAGCUAGAGCCACAGAUUGCGGUUGCCAAUACCUACGCUUGUAAGGGGCUAGACAGGAUUGAGGAGAAACUGCCUAUUCUGAAUCGGCCAACAAACCAGGUUGUUGCCAGUGCCAGAGGCGCUAUGACCGGGGCCAAAGAUGCUGUGACAACUACUGUGACUGGGGCCAAGGAUUCCGUGGCCAGCACCAUCACUGGGGUGAUGGACAAGACCAAAGGAGCGGUGACUGGCAGUGUGGAGAAGACCAAGUCUGUGGUCAAUGGCAGCAUUAACACAGUCUUGGGAAGUCGGGUGAUGCAGCUGGUGAGCAGUGGAGUAGAAAAUGCGCUCACCAAAUCAGAGUUGCUGGUGGACCAGUACCUCCCUCUCACUGAGAAAGAACUAGAAAAAGAAGCAAAAAAAGUUGAAGGGUUUGAUACUGUUCAGAAGCCAAGUUAUUACGUUAGACUGGGAUCCCUGUCUACCAAGCUCCGCUCACGUGCCUACCAGCAGGCUCUCGGCAGGGUGAAAGAAGCCAAGCAAAAAAGCCAAGAGACCAUUUCUCAGCUCCAUUCCACUGUUAAUCUGAUCGAAUUUGCCAGGAAGAACGUGCAUAGUGCCAACCAGAAAAUUCAAGGUGCUCAGGAUAAGUUCCACCUCUCUUGGGUGGAGUGGAAGAGGAGCAUUGGCUAUGAUGAUACGGACGAGUCUCACUGUGCUGAGCAUAUUGAGUCACGUACUCUUGCUAUUGCCCGCAACCUGACUCAGCAGCUCCAGACCACGUGCCACACCCUGCUGUCCAGUAUCCAGGGGUUACCACAGAACGUCCAAGAUCAGGCCAGUCACCUGGGGGUGAUGGCCAGUGACAUCUACUCAGGGUUCCGCCAUGCUUCCUCCUUCAGGGAAGUGUCGGACGGCCUCCUCACUUCCAGCAAGGGGCAGCUGCAGAAAAUGAAGGAGUCUUUAGAUGAUGUGAUGGAUUAUCUUGUUAACAACACGCCUCUCAACUGGCUGGUAGGUCCCUUUUAUCCUCAGCUGACCGAGUCUCAGAACGCUCAGGACCAAGGUGCACAGGAGGCCACGAGCAGUCAGGAGGCCCAGCAGCCUGAGCCCAGAACACAUUAACACUGUCCUUGUCACCAGUACGGGGUGCAGCCAGCCAGACGAGAUGUUCUGGGAUGUUGAAAUUAGCCUGAUAGACAACUCUGAACUGGGGGAGCAGCUAGCUAGAGCAAAGGUCCUCACUUGUGGUUACUUCUAACUGGAUUAAGAGCUUUACAGUGUUUGGCGUUAGAAGAGUUUUGUUGUUUACCUGGCUGGUAAGAAAAGAAUGAUGGGUUGGUCAGAGCCUAGCCAGGACUCCCAGAAAGUUUCCCUGCAUUUCUGGUCUCUUCCAUUGUUACUGCCGUUGCUAUUUGUAUUAAAUAAAAGCACCUUCAUGUGGUGGUGUGGGGUGGUGUCUGCUCCGGUCUGGUCUGAGCAGGCUUCCCCUCACUGGUUUGUCUCAAAAUGCACACCUGUACAACUUUUUGUUUGUUUGUUUGUUUUUAUUUUUCAUGAAGGCAGGCACACUAUGAGUUCAAUAAAAUUCACUGCAGAAUAGAUCAACUUUAUGCUGUGUGUUCCAUGUGCUUUUGUGUGUUGCUUUCAUAGAGCUGCUUGGCCUGCAUGACGGUUAUUAAUACACAUACGUGCAUUCCAGUCGGCCCUCUGGGGAAUUCGCCAGUGCAGUAACAUUGGAGGGCUAGUGCUAAGAAGGCCGUGUUUGAUAGCAGGGUUUUUUUUUUUUUUCUUUCUUUUAAGAUUUUAUUUAUUUGACAUGGGGGGAGAGCAAGCACAAGCAGGGGGAGCUGCAGGCAGAGGGAGAAGCAGGCUCCCUGCUGAGCAAGGAGCCCGAGGGGGUCGAUCUCAGGACCCCGGGAUCAUGCCCGGAGCCAAAGGCCGUCGCUCAACUGAGCCACCCAGGUGCCCGAUAACAGGUUUUCAACAAAAUAAAGCUAAAGUGCGUCUAGGAAUUGUUACGAGGUGAUAGUCACUGUCUUUAUCUACCCAUUUAAAAAAAAAAUUUUUUUUAGAUUCUGUUAGCAGGAAUGGGGUGAGGGGCAGAGGGAGAAGCAGACUCCCAGCUGAGAAGGAGCUGGGCUCAAUCCGGGGACUCUGGCAUCAUGGCCUGAGCCACCUAGGUGCCCUUUUUAUCUCUCCAUCUACUUGACCCCUGGGGGGAGGGGUGGUUAAGCCUCUAGAAGGCUUCUCAGGCUGUCUGCCUUGCUGGAAAGGAAUCAAAACUGAAAGGAAGCAAGUGAGUGACUCCUGGCAUUGGUUUCCUGCAAAGGCAGCAGGCAUUUCUUGCGAAAGUGCUAUUGAAGAUGUGAGUCCUGAACUGAGACUGUUCAGUGUCCAUGCUCAGCCUGGUUGGACUUGCUCUGUUUUCACUUUGGGAGAAAGUCACUCUACUUGGUGACAUACCUUUAGAAGACCAGGCGAGAGUAAUUACACUUUGGACCCUCUGUAGGAAAAGCUGCUUACUUCCUCCCUAGGGUGUUCAGACUUGCAGCCCCUCAGUGUUGGUCAAUUUGGGAGGAAAUCUCAUGAAUCUCCUUAAAGCGGCAGUAUGCCAAACUUUCAAAAACAACUUACAACUUGUGAAAUAGAGCUACAUGCCUCUGCCUGUUCUGCGAAAUAAGGUUAGUAAGGCUGCCCUUCGGCAGAACUGAAGUCCAAGAUUUGUCUCCCCUUUUCUACCCUUGUUCCCCCCUUCUCAAGAAAAGGAGGCAGCAUAUAACUGCAUGCACCUUUGACAUGAGACCUGUCAAAGCUUACAAAGAUACAGAACUAAAUUUUUCCCCUUGAGGUAACUCGGGAAUCAGCAAACAGGUGAGCUGAAUUGGAAGGGACGGACUCACUGAGAUGCUUGAAUCCAAGGGACAUUUGGUUUCUGGGGUGGGGGACCGCCACAAUUCAUGGGCUUCCAGGAUGGAACCUACCCAUUCACAUGCCUGUCUGCUCCCAGUAACGCAUUUUCUAGAGCAACUGCCUCAAAACUUUUUUACUAUUCCUUAAAUCUAUUUUUUUUUAAUUUUCAUUUUUUUUUAACCUCUUAAUCUAAAUUGGACAUGACCUUGCCCCUCUGCCUCAAAAUUCCAAGGCUCCUAUCUUGUGGUUAUUCUAAUUGGUUGGAAAAUUACAUUCCCUAGCGUACACACACUUUCUUAAUCCUGAACAAACUUCUGUUUCCCCAUUGUAAAAGUUGUAGUGCCAGCUGGAUUGCUCAAGAAGAUGAGACAGUCCUCAAAUUAUUCUUUGUGAGCCAGACAGAAUAUAAAGACUACUUUUAGCUUCCAGAAGAGUGCCACUAGCCCUCAUUUUUUGCCACGAACUAUGUACACUUGUGGUUUCAUCUGUCCUUGUGUCUUGAGUUUGUGCCUACGUGCAUUCCAUUCUGUUGUCAACAUGUCUCAAAAUGUGUACUUGCUUCUUAACAGCUUUAUUGUUGCGUUAAACUGGCAGUUUUGGUUUAACAGACUUUUCCCCAAGUAGGACAAUUCUUGUGAGGAAAAGCUGACUAAGCACAGUAACUUUGGAAGAUUUUUAAACGUUUGGCUGCAUGAAGGCUGGCAUGGCAUGCUUGAGGCUUCAAAGGUGUUUUUUUUCUUUGCAUGUAAUAAUAAUACGGACUCUUUUUGGUUCUGGGUAAAAAAAAAUCAAAAGUACAGGGUGUACUAGGCAUUAAGCCCUUAGCCUUAGUUUUCUCACCUAUAAUGUACAAUUUGUGAUGCUUUCACAGAUGGAAGUGAAGUGUUUGAGGAUGGGGUGUCUUUCUGUUUUGCACUAGAGGCCUGGGGACACCAUCUGUGGGGCUGUGACUUACAGUAUCUUUAACUUGCCGGUCCAGGUGUAAGUACAUGAUACCAGGUCAUGAUUAGGGAAAUACAUCCACAUUGAUAAGGCAUUGUAGAUACUGAAAACUGGAAUUCGGUCUAUCUGAGCUAACCCAUCUAUCUAUCUAUCUAUCUAUCUAUCUAUCUAUCUAUCUAUCUAUGAUUUUAUUUA